AUGACGACCGAAAGCACGAUGGCAUCGAAGACGGCGCCCAACGAGACGAGUGAGACGAGCCAGACGGAUGGCGGGAUGACACCGCAGCAGUACCGGGUGUGUCUGAUCGGGUCGGGCGGCGUAGGGACGAUCGCGUCGCUGGUGCUGAGCAAGUCGCAGCGGGCGCACGUGACGGUAGUAUUGCGGUCGGCGUAUGAGCACGUGACGCGGCACGGUUGGCAAGUGGAUUCGGUGGACCACGGCGAGCUGGCAGGCUGGCGGCCGGCGCGGGUGGUGGACAGCGUGGCAGCGGCGACGCGCGAGGCAGACGAUAAUGGGAUCCCGAUCUUGUAUGACUACGUGGUGGUGUGUACGAAGCAGCAGCCGCCGGAGUGCGGGCCGACGACGCCGGAGCUGAUCGGGCCCGUCGUCACGGCCGGCCACACGACCGUGGUGCUGAUCCAGAACGGCAUGGGCAUCGAAGAGGCCGUGAUCGCGGCCUGGCCGACAAACGUGGUCAUGAGCAGCGUGAGCCACAUCGGCAGUGCCCUGCGGCCCCCCAACACGGUCGUCCAGACGGCUCCCGACGUCUCCCAGAUGGGGCCGCACUACCACGUCGGCGUGCCGGACGCCGUCAGCCGGGCCCGCGCCCAGACGUUUGUCGACCUCUACGUGGCCGGCGGCGCCCGUGCGUGUCACCUCCUCCAACACAGGAUGCAGGCGGCCCGCUGGGAGAAGCUGCUGUGGAACGGCACGUUCAGCCCGGUCUGCGCGCUCACCCGCGCCAACGUCGGCCAGGUCCAGCGCAGCGGCGCCCGCGACUCCCUGCUGCUGCCCAUGAUGUGGGAGAUCUGGCACGUCGCCGCUGCGGCCGGCCAUCCGCUGCCCGAGAGCGUCGUCCCCUGGAUGGCCGGCCGCCUGCCCGACGACUGCACGUUCCGCCCCAGCAUGCUGCUCGACCUCGAGGCCGGCCGCCCUAUGGAGCUCGACGUCAUCCUCGGCUACCCCACACGGCUGGCCCGCCGGCUGGGCGUCGCCACGCCCGUCCUCGACACCGCCUACCGGCUGCUGCAGGUCGAGCAGUGGAAGGUGUUGGGAGAGUAG